GCAUUAUAGGCUAAUUGCAGUUGGCACCACUGGUCGGGCUGGGUAAAAUAGCCAAUUUAUCCCCCCUUGGCAGCGGGGAGAAGAAGUAGCCCCAAUCUGGGCCGAGGCGAGGCCGAUCAUCGCCAUCGCUUGUCUCCUGCCCAUUGUUGCCCCGGACAUGAUUGAUUGUCUGUCCUGCGGCUCGCGAUUCCGGCUUAGCUGCUUGUCCCUCCGCGAUCCCCCAAAUCCAUAGAUAAUGGAGCCCAGCUUCGCCGUCCGACGUAGCAAGCGACAGGUCCAACCGGACACUCGCAAGCACACACGCGUGCUCACGGCCUGCGAUGCCUGUCGCCUGAGCAAGACUCGAUGCGAUUCCGCGCGGCCAAUCUGCGCCAAAUGUAUCAAGCGGGGCGUGUCGUGCGAAUAUCCAGACAAGGAUCCGCUAUCCAUCCUGGAAACAUGGGGAUCACGCAUCCUCGAGGCCGUGGAGAGACAGGAGACGCUACUCACACAGACCUUGGCCGUUCAUCGGGACAAUGUUCCGACUCUCCAUCAACCGCGACAGGAUUCCACAUUAUCUCCCUUGGAGGAGGAAGAUCCGGAAAGCAUCUCGCGCAAUGAUGCUCUGAAGACGCCCAUUACCGGGUCGGAUAUGAUCCUGGCCUGGCCGAUCUUCCCGGAAAAAAAGCCCGCCACUACGUUUCCUGCCUCGGCAUUUUCCGAGAAGCCGGAUAGAUUCCAGCCCGGAAUCCCGGGGUUUGACGCCGGUCGCAUGUUCGAACUGCGGGAAAUCUUUCUGGCGAAAAUCUGGACCAAAAACCCCAUUGUCGAUGCGGACCAACUCGACCUGUAUAUAGCUAACGUUCUCGAAAAUGGCAUCGACUGGUCUGCCUCGUCGUGUCUCCUUCUACUUGUGUUUGCCCUGGCCGCUGUAUGGGGGAACUACCCCGAGGCAGAAACUCGGACAAUCUCCUGCCAUGAAUCGUCUUUCGCACAAAGGGGUGCAUAUGUCAGUUUGUCGGUCCCGGAGUGUCGAAUGAAGGAGUCGUUGGCGUUCGUCUCCAUGGCGCGCAAACGGUUAUCAGCGGCCUACCUUGAUGAAUCCUUGGUUGGUGUUCAGUGUUUGUGCUUGUUCGGUAUCUGGUAUCAGUACAAUAUCGAGCCGAUCCCGGGGUGGAAAAUGUUUCGCACAGCAUCGAUGUUGUGGCAAACAUAUAACCUGCGACAUCGAACAGGCGAGACAGAGAGAUCUCCACAGGAGCAGAGUCUGGAGCAGCGUCUGUAUUGGACUUGUCUGAAGUCAGAAUGUGAAGUUCGAUAUGAAUUGACAGACCUACCACCCUGCGACCUAUCUCUCUCCGAUUUCCCCUUCGCCUUGCCCACAUUCCCGGUGGAUCACGCCUACGGGAGUCCCGGCAAGAUUCCGGCCAACAGUCCCUCGACCACGAACUCGGAAUCAAUUUCCUCAUACUACUACCUGGCGGAGAUUUCGCUAAGGAGACUUCUCAACCGUGCGCGGAAUGCGGUACGCGUUCUGGCACCUGACAUGGACAUGUCGACCGUGACACGGUUGGCUGAAACAUUGUCCAAGCUGGCAAGUCAGCUUCAACAAUGGGUCGAGUGUCUUCCGCAUACUCUUUACUUCAACCCGCCUCUGGAAGCGAUGCCUGCAUUGAAUGAGCCGGAACUGGUCAAAUUGGCGAGAGAACGAUAUGUAGAGGUGCGAGAGUUGCUAUGUCGGGCCUAUCUCUAUCUCUGCAUUCACGUGCCACUUGGUCCGGAGCUCGCGCAGAGCUACGGUCCCAAGGCCAGCGAGGCAUUGCUGUUAUCUGUGUAUAGGACCCAAACUGAGGUCCCAUUCUUUCGACAUCCCGGGUCAUGGGGUGCAUGCCGGGUGAGGUUCAACCACGCGCUGUGUCUCAUCGCUGCAUUUCGAGCCAAGAUGAAUUGCAUCCCGUCGAUGGACUAUGUCAGCAUUCCACCGGUAUGGGCUGACUGCGUUCGGGCGGUAGUGGAGCGGUUGAGGAUUUGGAGCGAGGAGGGCGCGGGGAUCAAGGAGUUGUGCAUUUUGUUGGAAUGGCUGAUGCACGGAGUCGUAGUCGGGUAA